CUGUUUAGAGCGCGGCGGCCCGGGUGUGGGAGGGCGAGCGGCGGCAGCACCGGCGCCCUCAGCCCUGUCAGCCGCACUCCGGUCCACGGAAAGGACGUGCGAAGGGGACGGUGCUCGACGACUGCAUUCAACACACGACCACCAGCCCGGCGUUGCGGCCUCGCCGCAGCCGGAGCUGCCCGGCCCGGUUGGUUCUGCGGGCGCCCGCGGAGGCCCGGGAUCCGGGAUCCAGGCUGCCGGGAGGCGUGGAUGAAAAAGGAUGACAGUGAAGUUGGGCGACGCCGGCAGCGGGGAGGAAGGGCUCAAGAAGCUGGGCAAGCGGACGGCCGAUGAGGAGUCGCUGGACGGAGAGGGGCCCGGCGGCGCGGACGCGGCGGAGGACAGCAACAGCACAAAGAGGGACGGGCAGACCCCUCGGGCCGCCGGAGCCCCAGCACCACCCAGAGGGUUACCAGCACCGUCCCCACCGCAGGGUAGUCCCCAAGACCAGCACCACUUCCUCAGGUCCAGCGUGCGACCACAGAGCAAGAGGCCCAGGAAGGACGCGCCCUGCGCUGUGGGUAGUGGUGGUGCCAGCGGUUCCGGGCCGCGCGGAAAAGGAGGUGACGGUGGCGCAUCAUCUUCUGGAAACAUAUCUGUGGUUGCUCCUGCCACCCCUGCAGGAGGUUCGCGUUCCUCUUCCCGGAACUUAGGCUCUUCAGGGCCUGAGAAGGAAGAAGGAAAGAAGGUCCGGAGGCAGUGGGAGUCGUGGAGCACAGAGGACAAGAAUACCUUCUUUGAAGGCCUCUAUGAGCAUGGAAAAGACUUUGAAGCCAUUCAGAACAAUAUUGCUCUAAAAUACAAGAAAAAGGGCAAACCUGCAAGCAUGGUGAAGAACAAAGAGCAGGUCCGGCAUUUCUACUACCGCACCUGGCACAAGAUUACCAAGUACAUUGACUUUGACAAUGUGUUCUCUCGAGGGCUAAAGAAAUCAUCCCAGGAACUCUAUGGUCUGAUCUGCUAUGGAGAGCUACGAAAGAAGAUCGGGGGUUGCAUGGAUGACAAGAAUGCAACAAAGUUGAAUGAACUCAUUCAGGUUGGCGCCACCACAGUACGUUAUAAAGGGAGAAAUCUGCGGAUCAAGGCACCCAUGUGUCGGGCCCUGAAGAAACUCUGCGAUCCAGACGGUCUAAGUGAUGAAGAGGACCAGAAGCCAGUGCGCUUACCUCUGAAAGUUCCUGUAGAGCUACAACCACGGAACAACCACGCCUGGGCACGAGUACAGAGCCUGGCCCAGAACCCACGUCUCAGGAUGAUUGUGGAGCUACAUCGAAAAGUCUCUAGCCUCAUUGAGUUCUUGAAGCAGAAGUGGGCACUCCAUGAAGUACGAAUUCGGAAGACACUUGAGGAGAGGCAGCUGCAGGGCUCGAGCACAGCACAGACCCAGGAGAAGGUGGCACUGCACUUGUUCCCAGGCGAGAACUGUACGCUGACACCACUGCCGGGUGUGGCCCGUGUGGUACACUCCAAGGCCUUCUGCACUGUACACUGGCAAGAGGGUGGCCGGUGCAAGCAGGGUACCAAGGACACGCACUCGCUGCCUCCAGCCCAGAUCCUGGGCAUCCAGAGUGGUCAGGGAAUAGCCCGGGGCCAGGUGAAGUGCCAGAGGGGCAGUGCUGAAGCCAAGGGUGGGGGGCGGCUUCUUCCUAAUGCAGAUGCUUCACAGAGUUCAGGGGAGAGUUCCCCUGAGAGUGCUCCUGGAGAGGGGACAGCUCCAAGUAUGAACAGCUCAGAUGCCCCUGACAGGCCUCCUCAUGGGCACCAGGACUCUGGCCCACAGCUUGAGAAGACCUCACUAGCAGCCCUUGCUGUGGGUGGGGAGAGCCCCAUUCAAGAAUCUAGGGCCCUGCCAUGUUCAUGUGGCCAGCCACCAGACUUGGAAGAUGAACUCUCACUCCUUGACCCCUUUCCCCGAUACCUGAAGUCUUGCCAGGAUCUCAUCAUCCCGGAGCAGUGCCGCUGUACAGACACACAGUCUGGGAGAGAGCACCCUCUUCUUGGCAUGGUUGCUUCCCCAGAGGCACUUAUGCCCAGCAGCAGAGAGGUUGCAGACAACGGUCCCCCUGGCCCAGACCCUCAAACUGGCACCGAUCCUCAACUUGAGCCCAGGCUUCUGCCAGAUAUUUGUACUAAAGAGCUGGCAGAUGUAUCUCCUGAAGAGUCUCAGGAGAAAGGGAGCCCCUCAGAACCUCUGUUAUCUCAAGGACAGCCUGCUGCCAGGCCUUCAAAGGAAGUCCCUGCCAGCCAACUGGCCCAACAGCUGCGUGAAGAGGGCUGGAACUUGCAGACCUCUGAGAGCCUCACGCUGGCUGAAGUCUACCUCAUGAUGGGCAAGCCGAGCAAGCUGCAGCUAGAGUAUGACUGGCUGGCUGUGCUGGGCCCUGAGAGCCAGGUGCCGACAGCACAGGGUCAGACUGCCCUACCCCCCUCUCCGCCUUCAGCCCUCCACCAGCAGCGCCUCCUGAACUGCCUCUUGAGGCUCAUCUCCACUGAGGUCCACCCCAAGAUGGCUUUUGAAGCAAACACAGCAUCAACAGCCUCAGUCAGGCCCACCCAGGAGGAACAGUCCACAUCCCCCCCAGGGAAGGUAGUGACCAUCAACUCUCGGAGUCCCCGCUGCUCUCGAAACCCAUCUGCCCUCCGAAGCAGCAAGACUUUCCCAUCUGGUUCUGCACCUUGUUCCCCAGGUUUAAGGAAUCCCCCAAGGCCUCUCUUGGUAGCUGGUUCCUCCAGCACAGGAAGCGGUGACUCAGACGGUGGCCUCUUUGCUGUACCAACAACUUUGCCACCCAAUAGUCGACAUGGGAAGCUCUUCUCUCCCAGUAAGGAGGCAGAACUGACUUUUAGGCAGCACCUGGACUCCAUCAGCAUACAGUCAGACUUCUUCUCACCAAAGCCCAAGAAACUACGCAAACGGCACUUACGAAAGCCACUGGUGGUCCAGAGGACGCUGCUCCCUAGACCUUCUGAAAAUCAGUCCCACAAUGUGUGUUCCUUCUCCAUCCUGUCUAAUUCUCCUAUAGCUGGGAGAGGCUGGUUCCGGCCCAUCCAGUCUUCUCUAACCAAAGCAGCUCUGUCUCGACCGAUAGUGCCCAAGGUCCUCCCAUCUCAGGCCACUAGUCACCUGCCCAGUGCCAUCGACUUAGCAGCUCAAAGUGCUGGCAUCAUCCCUGGAAGUCCCUUGCCAGUUUUAGAUACUGAUGGUUCAUCUGGCAUCUCUCCACUGACUUCAGAACAAGUAACCACUGCCAUCUCGGGGCAGGGUGACACUGGACCACACCAGAACAGAGAGCCUGUUACUUCCGUAAGGGGCACUAGUGACCCAUUUAUCAGCGUUCCAAGACCAGAGCAGGAGCCAAUGACAGACAGUUUCCAGGGAUCAUCUGUUCUGUCCUUACCUGAGCUGCCCAAGACUCAUCUCCAGAAUGGCCUUUCCACACCUUUACCCUCAUCAGAGAGCUCCAGCACACGGCUCUCCCCACCCAAUGUUUCUGCAUUACUGGACAUAUCCCUACCUGGCCCACCUGAGGAUGUUCUCUCACAGGGAGAACCUGCCACACAGAUCAGUGACUCCAUCAUUGAGAUUGCCAUCAGCUCUGGCCAGUAUGGUGACGGAGUCCCUCUUUCUCCAGCAAAACUAAAUGGCAGUGACAGUUCCAAGAGUCUUCCCUCCCCAUCCAGCAGCCCCCAGCCCAACUGGAUUGCGUCUCCCACUCAUGACCCACAGUGGUACCCCAGUGACUCCACAGAUUCCUCGCUCAGCAGCUUGUUUGCCAGCUUCAUAUCCCCAGAGAAGAGCAAGAAGAUGCUACCAACUACUGCUGUUGGGGCCAACAGUGGCACAUCUUUGCUUGGCCCUAGCUUGUUGGAUGGAAAUUCAAGGGACUCUUUUGUGUCCCGGUCUCUUGCUGAUGUUGCAGAAGUGGUAGAUUCCCAGCUGGUGUGUAUGAUGAAUGAGAACAGCAUUGACUACAUAUCUCGAUUUAAUGACCUGGCACAAGAACUGUCCAUUAAUGAACCUGGCCGGCGAGAGGUUCUUUUUGAUGGUGGAGGAGGUGGUAAUCCUGUCGGUGACCUCUCUCAGUGACGGUGCCUUGUGACAUGGGCAUCCUGGAAUCCACAAGGGAAGUCUGUGGGGUUGGCCCAUGAAACUUUCUUCACAGUAAGGGAGAGUGAAGCCCAGAACCCCCGAAAGACCAUGAACCAGAGCACCUCCAACAGCAUACGAUGUGCAGCCCAAAGGAGCAACUGAGCAUGGCCUGUCCCAGCAAGCAGGGACAGUACUGUGCACAGAGACCAGGACAAGCUCUGAGAAGGGUAGACAUCAGAAAUUCUUUGAGUAUCAGCCCCUCCUCAAUCCUGCAGGCUGUGUGGCAAUCCCACCUGUGUAUCUGCAUGUGAAGCCUUCUAGAGGGUCUCCUUCUUGCAAGAGACGUGCCUGGUGUUCCUUUUGUCUUGGGAGCUAUUAUCCUGUGUUCAGGAAGACCACAGCCACUGCUGCUUUCUUUCUGAUAUCCUUUCCCCACUUGGCUGUUGUGUAUGUAGUGAUGUUACAAGGGAUAGUGAGUAUGGAUCAGGCUCUUUCUUGGUGGUAUCUACAAGCUAAUACACUUUCUGGAUGCCUUGACGAUGAAGCAGAGAAGGGUCCCAGAGUCAGUAGCUAUCAGAGGUUUGGUUCUUCCUGACAUAAAAGGGGGAAAAGUAUGUCUUGUAGGUUGUAUGGAUGUUUUAUACAGUCCUACAAAGCUGGUUGGAAAUGGUUUUCUUGUGGUUUCAGAAUAGGAGACAUGGCCAGACUGCGGUGAUGCAUACCUUUAAUUCCAGCACAGGGGAGGCUAAGGCAGACAGAUCUCUGUGAGUUCAAGGUCAGCCUGGUCUAUAGAGCUAGUUCCAGGACUACUAGGGCUGUUAACACAGACAAACCCUGUCUCGAAAAACAAAAGAAGUAGACAUGAACAAGGAAUAUUAAGAGUCCUCUAUGUAGGUGGCUUUGCUCUCUUCCUGUGCUUGAUGCUUAAACUCCAGUUCUUUCUAGGUGAACUAAGAUACCAUUCUACUUGCCUGCCCCCCACACACAAUACACUGCUGUGUCUAUAAAGCUUUUGUGUGUGCUCUAAUAUUUUUAUGUAUUAUUGCUAGUGUCUGAAGGGUAUCUUUACCCCAGGCUGCCUCUUCCUAUUCUGGAACUCAAGCAGGGUUCCAGAGUAUGUUAAGAGCUCACCACUUGGUGGUGUUUUAACAGCUCUUUCCUGGACCCCAACUAUGGUCAGCAAUCAUGAUUGAGGCCAUCCUGCUUAGAAUGGCACCAACAAGAGUUUUGCCCUCUUAGAUCUUUGCAGCACAGUCACUCUCCUGGCCCCAGUGUGUUCAGGGUGAACAGGUGACGCGUGCAGUACCCUCUCACCAAUCCCUCUCCACACAGCAGCCAGGACUGACAGGUCCUUUUCUUCUCUUUUCUUUUCUUCACUUUUGGCAGGGUUUUUCUGUAGAUCAGGCUGGCCUGGAACUCGGAGAUCUGCCUCCCAAAUGCUGGGAUUAAAAGCGCGCACCACCACACUCGGCUUGACAGUCCUGACUCCUGAAACUGCCACCUCUGCUCUCUACCUGUUCUCUCCUUCCUAGCCUCCUCCUUUCACUGGUACCUGUAAAGGAUCUGCCCCAGAUCCUGACAUGUAUCCCCUAGGUCUGGUAAGUCUAAAACCCUUAGAAGAUGAGAAGAGCAGUGAGUGGUGCUGUUAGGAAAGACUGGUGUAGUGUAUCUUUACCCAGCUGUGUGCUUUCAGCAUGCCUUUACUGAACUGCAGGUUUUAGAUCUUGGGACUGUGGCAUAAUUAGGAUACUAGACUCAGCUUAGAUCAUUGCUAAUUGCUCUUCCACUAUUUCAAGCAGACUUUCCCACGUUAAGAAUGGGUGCUCUUGGCAUCCUGUUAACUGAGCUUAUAGCACUAGGCAGUUGGGUUCCUGAGCUGAUUCCCAUCAGGCAAUGCAUGCCUUGAAGCACAUGCAACUCUGUGAUCUCUAAAAGGAGCUGAGACUGCUUUGAACAGCAGAGGCUACAACCCUUGUCUUCUAGCAGCAAGCAGGGGUGGAAUGAGCUGAUUCUUUACUGCAGGGAACCUGAUAGGAUUCCAGAAGAACAGGCAUGUUUGCUCAUCAUCACCAUAUUAAAGGACAAAGAGUGGCAUUUGUAACUGAGAAUCAGUGGGUAUAACUUCUCACAACUUAAUCAAAUAUCCAUACAUAAAUCUGGAAACUGCUAAAGGUUAGAAAUUUGUAAAGACAGCAAGAAAGCCUCCUUUCUGCAUCUUUCUCUGCCUUUCCAUCAGUUUUGAUGGCUCCUGUUCACCUAGGGCUUCCUUUGUGCAUUGGAACUUAGUGUGAUAUACAUGAGAUCACCCCUAUCCCCAGGUUCUCUGUGUAAUCCUGACUGUUCUCGAACUCAAGGAGAUCCGCCAGCCUCUGCCUCCUAUGUGCUGCAUAAGGACAUAUCCAGCUGGAUAAAGGUGUGUGCUACCACCACCAGGCCAAGAAAUUUUUCUGUUAAUACUAAUGUCUUAGACUUUUUGUUGAUUUGUCUUUUCAAAAAGAUUGAGAUCCAGUAUCUCUGGUGCUUGGUGUGGAUUAUUCCCUAGAAAAGAUGCUCAGGCAAGUUGAAGUUCAUAUAUCCUGUAGAGGCAUAGUACUUGCUCAGGGAGUAUGACUUUGGGGACAUUUCAUAUGUUGGUCAACCUUUUUUCCCACCUUGUUCUUUUUUCAUUCCUUGUGGCCUCACUGCUAGGGGAUGUCUCAUACAGUUAAAUUGCAUUUUUAACCAGACCACAUUAUUAGAAAUGGUCAUAACAAGCUUAGAGGGAAAUUGUUUUACGUACUUUUAAAAACAUCUGCUAGACGCAUUCAUGAGGAAAUAUCAUACUUUGUCUCUAAUUUAAAAGAAAAAAAAAAGAGGAAAAUUUAAUUUGGGGAAAAAAAAAAACCCACAGUAUACCGUUCCAAGAGGAUCGCCUGAUGAGGUCAGUCCAGUUUUGGAAGCACUGUACCAGCCAACCCUUACUAGUUAGUAAGAUCGCAGGCAGGAGGGCUGCAGCCUGCAGGCAGGACUCAGUGCUGUUUGCUUUGAUAAUCGUUAAGCCAUAUCAUCUGAGGUUUCCGGCUUGAGAUGUGAAUUUGUUUUAUAAACUAUAAAUAUACAGUGUAUGUAUAAAGCAGAAUGCCUGUCCUUCUGAUUAUUUUUUGUACCAUAUUGUAAAUUACAUUAUUUAUUCUUUACCAAUUUUUGGGAAUAAAAGGUGUUUUGGUUAUUUAAUAUAAUAAACAAAAACUGUUAAACUUCA